AUGAAGUUCACAUUAUCCGAAAAUGCGUUUCCUGAAUUGCAUCUGUCGAAAGAACACCAAGAGGAAUUAGCUGAAGAAGCAGAGGAUGUCGUGCGCGACACGCUUGCUGCUAACAAAGCCUUUCUUGCUGACAACGCAACAUUUCGAGACCCCAAAUGGAACCUAGUGAAGGCAAAAGAUGGACUGAACGUGUAUUGUCACCAGCGGACGUCGACCAGGAGGAGCCCCACAAAAUUCAAAGUACCGCAUAGAAGGAGUUCCUUUUUGCCGGUCCUCUUAAAUGCAUCUCAGGUCACAGAUCCUUCGGGGGCUAGUAGUACCGGCGAGAUUGGUACCGAUCUAACAGCUUCAUUGUCUGCAUCGGCCGUGGAUGAGAAAAUGAGGCGACCUGAAGGCUUUCAAGUGGUUCUUCAUGGAACUGUGGACGGAAAUCUGGACGAUGCCAUGUUUGGGACCUUUGCCGCUACAAACCAGGCUUGGAUGUGGCGCAGCUCGCAUAUCAACGACCGUCUGGAUGAUGCACGUGUGUUGGCGACCAUUAGAGGCCCGACAGAGCAAGACCCUUUUCGUUUCCUGGGUAUCAAGUGGUUUGCUAGAGAAUGCCCUGCUAUGCUUGUGGGUAUCGUGCAACAACGAGAUUACCUCAUUCUUGAGGCCACGGGGCUUACACGUGACUCAAAUGGCGAGAGAGUGGGUUAUUUUCUCAUGCACUCGAUAUCUCUGCCUCGUAUGAUUCCAGAGCUCUCAGAACUUGGGCUGCUUCGGGGAGACUUGAGUCUCUGCUAUAUCUACCGUCAAUGCGGCCGUGGUAAAGUCGAAACGUUCUGCAGAUGUUUCAGCAAUCCUCGAGGCAAGAUUGUCGAUUGGAUGGCUGUGGCUUUCUUAGCUGACUCGCUCAUCUGCGCGGCCAGGAUUGUUGACUACGCCUAUAUCAAGAAGUUGACGUGGCUGAUGAAGCACAAAGGUGGCCAAAGUACAUCGAGUGAACGACGGACUCGAAGUCAUCGUCCCAAGCAGUGUGAUACCUGCAACAAAGUUUUUACCAAGUUCACACUAUCUACCGCCGCGUCGGGGGUGACUUGUCAGAUCUGCCGUCGUGUAUUAUGUGGCAGGUGUAGCGUUGUGAAAAAGAUGACAGUCGACGUGUCCGACACUGGAGCAGUAAAGCAGUGUGCUCUUCGAUUCUGUCUCGAGUGUCUACACGAAGCUAAAGAACAAUCUGUUUGGGAGAUAGCGCGGAACACCUCUUCGGAUACUUCUUCCGCUACGGGUUGA